UUGACCACGAAGAAACGAGUGUCGGAUUGCUUGAUCGCAGCAACUUCAAUAAUCUUUAUUUUGACGUAGUGUGUCGCCAGUCUUGUUUCGCUUUUACUUCGAAGGAUUGACCCGGAAGUGUAACUUUUUUCUACAAAGCUAAAGCUAUUGUUACUCAGUUAGUGAAGUCAUUAUAAUAAAGGAGAAAAGUACUGGGUCUUUCUAACCUCCAUAAUGGGACAACCACUGAAAGACAAAGACGCAUAUCAAAGAUUAAACUUUCUGUACCAGGCUGCUCACUGUGUUGUAUCUCAAAAUCCAGAAAAUGUAGAGCUGGCUCGUUUCUACACCUUCACACAGAGAACCAUAGCCCGACGUUUAGUUCUCAGACAAGAUCCAUCAGUGAAGAGAACCUUAUGCAAGAAGUGCUAUUCUUUGCUUAUACCUGGUGUGACUGCUACAACAAGACAAAAAAAAAAAAAGAGAAAGACUCGCUUCACCGUGGUGAAGUGUCUCAGCUGUGGACAGAGCAAGACGCUGCUGAAUAAUCCAGAUUAUUCUUUGUGGAGUGAUCGCCCAGAAGCUCAGAUUGAGCAACAACAGGAACCAGGACCAGAUGAUUCUGCUAAAACUAAGACAAAAUGCACAAAACCAGAUGGGUCUCAGUCUUCUAAAUCCAUUCCUGAUCAAAGCACCUCAAGCACAUAACAGCAGGCCUCUUUGUAACUUUUGUUUUUUUUAUAUUGAUUUUCUAUUGUUGUUGUUUUUGCAUAAAAUAUGUGCCGCUGAGUUGUGACCAGCAGAAUUGUGGGAGGCAGUUUGAUACAAUCUAAAUGCCAACUCUUCUGUAUUUAAUUUGGAUUUUUGUUUUUUUGUUGCUAUCGUAAAUUUUUGGCCUCUGUGAGAUCAUUUUUAAUAAUUGUCUGUAGCAUGUGGGGUUAGGUUAAUCUUGAUUUAAUUAAAAACAGCAGACAAGAAUGGAAGUAAUAAAUACAUUUUGGUAUUAUUAUUUCUUCCAAUUUUCCAUAUUUGACAUUGUAAGCACAUGCUUGUUGAAGUAAACAUCUCUUGAUCAUU